AUGAGUUCAAAUACCAAAAAAAUUUGGAUUGUACGUAAUGAAGGAGAACAACCUGGAAAAGUGGCAGUUGAUUUUGCUCAAAUACAGGAUUUGGAUGAUCUCAAAGAAUUUCUCUUUGGUCCAAAUGAAAAAUCAUUAUACAUAGGUCAUUUUAAAGGCACAAUACUUAAUGUGGAUGCCAGUAUUCCAAUAGAUACUACUGCCAGCAAUCCACUCAUAUUUCGCAAAGGUAUACCAAGUACAGAUAUUUUAAUAUAUAAAGAAGAAAGUUCGUUUGAUUGUCUGUUUGUUUAUUAUUUAUGCAUUUGGGCCCUGUAGGAGUCAGUGCAGUCAAACUUUUCAUGAGGUCUUCUUCCAUCAAGGGACAGGUCGAGGGCUACUUAUAUUUCACAAAGCAUGGGUCUUCCGUCUGGAAACGUCCAUCUGUGUGCCCAACCAAUAAAAUUGCAGUAUUUAAUAGUAUAGAAGAACUACUUAACAGCGCUCUGUGAUCACAUAGAAGACACACGUCACCAUAGGUUUUCCUAGGCGGUGAUUCAAAUCUGGGGUGCAUUUAUCUCGAAAUCAUAUUGGUUGGCCGAAAAGCAAUAGGAAUUCAGCUCUUAAGACACCGGCUAAUCAAAAUUGCGUUUUUGCGAAAACAGUUAGGCAGGGAUUUUCAGAGGCGGGAAGUUCAAAUCUAGGAUUCAUUCACCCCACAUACCAUUGGUUGGCCCAAAGCCAAUAGAAAUCGAGUUUUCGGGAAAACGAAUAUCGCUUAAUGAUCGGAAGAAGGACAUCAGAAAUCUAAAGUCUAUUAAGCUCGACACCCUACUGGACCGCCCGUAACCUACUUGGUGGCCCAUGGCAAAUGCAAAUCGAGUUUUGUGGAAACUGGUUUCCUGGAGAUCGUCUGAGGAGGGAAUUUCGAAUGGGCAAGUCUGUCAGGCUCAAAAGUCUAUGCAUCAGCCACUAGCUCAUAUAUAUCGACCCCUUAGAUUGCUAAAGGCUCUAUUGCACAAAAUUCUUUCUGUCUGUCUUCUUUUGCGACCUAUCAGAAUUAGGCAUGUACCGAGCCCGAGCUUCUCGGGCUCGGUUGUUCCCGAGCUCGGUCAUUUCUGGGCUUGAUCAUUCCCGGGUUCGGUCCAUUUCCGAGCUCGAUCAUUCCCGGCUCGUUCGUUUCCGGGUUCGGUCCAUCCCCGGGAUCGGCCAUUCCCGGUGUACCGAUAGUUCCUGAUUCAGUCAUGG